AGCCGCCAAAUGGAUGAAGUUGCGCUUUAAAAGUCUAGUCUCUGUUUUGGACGAAUUAACCAGUGGAGGAAAAAACGAGUACGAUUUUGCCAGAACAAUGGAAAACAGUCAUCAAUCUCAAUCCCUGAAACUCCUCCACCAUUUCCAAGUCUCUCCUUCCCCGCCACCGUCCGCCGUCGCCAACCUUCCGCUCACUUUCCUCGACUACCCAUGGCUGCUCUGUCGCCCGAUGCAGCGCCUCUUCUUCUACGAUCCCCCGCUCUCAACUCUUCAAUUCACCCAAACCAUCCUCCCUCGCCUCACGACCUCCCUCUCCGCCGCCCUCCACCACUUCUUCCCUCUCGCCGGCCACCUAAUCUCCCCCGCGCCGCCUCACCGCCCUUGCCUCCGCUACUCAGACGGAGACUCUGUUCCCCUCACGGUGGCAGAGUCAGGCAGCGACUUCGACCAGAUGAUCACCAACGACCAUCCAAGAGACGCCAGGGAGCUGCGCCCUUUCGUCCCUGAGAUGCCGGAUUCAACUACGGAGCCGGACGGCACGAAACUGGUGCCGCUGUUGGCCGUUCAGAUCACUCUGUUUCCGGGGAAAGGCGUCUGCAUCGGCUGCCAGUUCGCCCACGUGGCCACCGACGGGAUGGGUUUCCACCACUUCGUCAAAUUCUGGGCUUCUCUGUUUAGGUCGUUAAAUUCAGGGGAGAAAGAAGACAAGAAGAAUACUUCUCCUACUGUUCCAUCGCCGGCGAGAGACAGGGAAUUGAUCCGGGGAGCUUACCCGGGUCUGGAAUCGGUUCUAUUGAACCAGUGGUUCGAGUUCGGAUCGUCGUGGGAUUUUGAUUCGGGUCCGACCCAUUACCGAGACCUCUCCGAUAAAGUCCGAUCCACCUUCGUGAUUACCCGGACGAACAUCGAGAGGAUGAAGCUCUGGGUUCGGAGGAAAAAUCCGACACCGUUUCGCCUCUCUGCUUUCGUGGUGACCACGGCUUUUAUCUGGGCCAAUCUCGUAAAAUCCCAGGCCGUCGGAGACUCGUCGGUCGGCCCCGACGGUCUCUACCGCCUCAGCUUCGUCGCCGAUUGCCGGCAGCGGCUCCAGAUCGGGUUGCCCCCUUCGUACUUGGGGAAUUGCCUGGGGAUUUAUUACGUUUCGAUGAAGAAAAGCGAUGCGGUGGGGGAGCACGGAUUCGCCGUGGCGGCGGAAGCGAUUGGGAGGAAAGUGGAGGAGCUGGAGAGCGGCGGCGGCGGGCUGUUGAGAGGGGCGGAGAGGUGGGCGCCGGAGUGGAAGGAGCUGUCGGAGGAAGGCCGGCUGAUUGCGAUUGCUGGGUCGCCGAGAUUGAAGGUGUACGAGACGGAUUUCGGGUGGGGGAAGCCGAGGAAGAGCGAGGUUGUUCAGGUCGACUGUUCGCCGUCGGUGGCUCUGUGUGAGAGCCGCGACGGCGGCGGCGGAGUUGAGGUUGGAUUGGCGAUGACGAGGAGUAAGAUGGAGGUUUUUAGUGGCUUGUUUCAUGAUUUCCUGGGUCAAAUUGAAGAAUUUCCGGCUUAACCUUCAACAAUUUGAAAUGUCUGAAAUCAAUUUCAGCAGUAAUCCAACAAAAAACUUCCUCCGGCCAUUUCCUUUCUCCACUUAUCAGAAGAUUUUAGCUGAUGUCCUGUUGACACCUAAAAUUAAUUCGACCAGAAUUAAAUGUCGCAUUAAUUAGUCUCGGCAUUUAAGUUGAUACCGCGCAUAAAAAACGGUAUCGUUGGGAGUCGAGCGGCGUCGCGGAGAACUAAAACGGUACCGCAAGGAAGCUCAGUGGUGCCGCGGUACCGCAAGGAAGCUCAGUGGUGCCGCGGUACUGCAAACGACACCGCUUACCGAAAAACAAGAGGGCCGCGGGUGGGUAUUGGAGAAGGAGUUUUCUCUAAUUAAUUAUUAUUUUUAUUCCUUGUUGGAUUGGAAGAAGCGGCACCGAGUGGAGUUAAAACGGUGCCGCGGAGAGCUAAAACGAUGCCGCGGAAUUAAAAACAGUACCGCGA